UCUAUGGGGCUCCCUAUGGGGCAGUGGGGUUGGUCUGAUGUGGGUCCCCGCCCCAUAUCUCGCCCCAUAGAUACGAGUGGGGAGAACAUCGCGGAGUCGCUGGUGGCCGAAGGGCUGGCGACGAGACGGGAGGGGAUCAGAGCCAACAACGCGGAGCAGAGCCGGCUGGCGGAGCUGGAGGAACAGGCCAAAGCUGCCAAGAAGGGGCUGUGGAGCGACGGCGGCGGCGCUCACACCAUCAGGGACCUGAAAUACAACAUCGACAACACGCGGCACUUCGUCGACUCCAUGCACCAGAAACCGGUUAAUGGUGGGUGAGCUGCAAGGGUGCAAAGCUGC